AUGACUUUAGGGACGGAUAUGUCCGACAGCUCUGCAUUGUCCGAAGAUGUGGACAUCGAUGUGGUUGGGGGUGACAUAUCCGUUGGAAAGGACGGAAAGUACAUUCACCACGAGUUCAACUUGGACAAUGACUCCGACGAUAAUUACUCCCAGAACGCAGCCGAGAGGGGUUCCUCUCCCGGUCUCAGCAGCUCCGAGUGCCCGUCAGACCAGAUGGGGUCCAGCGCAGAGGCCGGGACCGUGAUUGGGGACAAACCCAGGAAAAGUGCACUUGUGAAGCCGCCCUACUCGUACAUCGCCCUGAUCACCAUGGCCAUCCUGCAGAGCCCCAAGAAGCGACUCACUCUCAGCGAGAUCUGCGAGUUCAUCAGCAACAGAUUCCCUUACUACCGGGAGAAAUUCCCUGCAUGGCAAAACUCCAUUCGCCACAACCUUUCCCUAAACGACUGCUUCGUGAAAAUCCCACGGGAGCCCGGCAACCCCGGAAAGGGCAACUACUGGACCCUUGACCCGGAUUCCGCAGACAUGUUCGACAACGGGAGCUUCUUGCGCAGGAGGAAGCGCUUCAAGAGGCACCAAACUAAUGAAAUCCUCAGGGACUCCGGUGGCUUCCUACCCGGCUUUGGAUACGGUCCGUAUGGAUACAACUAUGGACUUCAGCUGCAGAACUUCCACGCAGCCCACAACCCGUAUCACCCGCACCACACAGGUGGUUCAUUUGCGUUCCCCAACGCCCCCUGCACCUUGCCCUCAUCCGCCUCCAUAUUCCCUGCGCCGCAUCCCCUGCCCUCCCUUCUAGGGGCCGAUUUAAGAAAGCCCUUUUAUCCUCAGCUAAGUCCGUCUCUGCCGCCUCUGAAGACGGACUCCAGCACCCCGAGUCGGCCUUCAUUCUCCAUUGACAAUAUCAUCGGUGCGGCCAACUCCACCGCCUCCUCCUACAGCGCGCAGCCGGGCAGCCAGGCUCAGAUCCUGGCCAUGUUGACCCCAGCACUGGCCUCUGCUUCCAGUCAUUUGAGCCUAUCACAGGACAGCAUAUUACAGCCUGGGCCACAGAGUGAGACUUUUUCCAGCAAAACCCCGAAUAUGAACACUUGUCCUUUCUAA